GCAACACGUAAAGGGUUUGCCACGCCUCGCUGUGUGGCCGUGGCCUGGCCCCUUCACACCCCACCCUAUAUCCGUCGCCCAUUCCUACAUAACUUUGUCCUGCGUCCCUGUUACCCCCAUUGUUGUUUGUCUUCCUUCUCCUCUUCGAUCUCUCAGACCUUCAGGAUGUCAAGGGCUCACGUGAAUGCUUCCUUCGAACCUGCCCAUGUUGACUUUUUGGUCGACUUGGGUCACCCUAUGUUGAACCGUGUUGUUGACGGAUUCGUUAAGGUUGGUGGAGUUGGAGCUUUACAUGCUGCUUCUCAAGAUGCCUCCCGAUUCUUGUUACAAGAGGAAACCAACAAGAAGUCGCUGGAGAUGUCUGUACAACGUAUGGGCAAGGAGGCAGUGCAGUGGGGACUCGUUGCCGGAGUCUACACCGGCAUGACAUACGGGAUGCAAGAGGCUCGUGGUGUCCAUGACUGGAAAAACGCAUUGUUGGGAGGAGCCUUGACUGGAGCUGCAUUAUCCUUGACUGAGGCUAACCCCCGCAGUGACCGAAUCGUACGUGGAGCUAUUACUGGUGGUGCCAUUGCCACCGCUGCUGAGUUCUUGCGUAGCCUUACCUAGACUUUAGUUUGUGUAUAACCGAUGCACAUCCUCAAUUAGUUCGGUACACUUACACCUCUGAUAUAUCUUUGUCUUAAAAUCCCCAAUGAUCAUCCGCACAAUGUGGUAUGUGUCAAUGUGAAAUGUAGACACUUGUGAGUUGAAGAGGGAGGACUUGUGCAUUGUCAAAUAAUACAACUCUGACCUUGUGCAUAUGAAAAGAGGUCUGAGUGUAUUGCAGUUCAUCCUUGUGUACAUGGCAGGCGUAGUAAAGCUUGUGCCUAACUGUUGGCAUUUUUAUGAAAUUCGGAAUUCAAUCAAAAGCUCUUCUUCUCUCGCA